AUGACUGUCCCAAACGAGAGUUCCGAGGAUGUCAGUGAUUUUCUUCAGCGCAUCCGGGAACUAGGCGAGCGCCGCGACAAAGAAGAUGACGAGCGGACCAAGAAGUUGGAAGAAGAAAUCAUACAGGGCCGGAAGGAAAGACAGGCCCGGAGAGCUGAGCGAGCACGAUCACUAGCCCUUACCGACGAUUCGCCAAUUCUAAACGUUGCGCGACUGAGUGUUUCCUCCAUCAGCUCUAGGUCUAUCGACCCUCCGGAACAGCUUGAGCCGACAUCACAAACACCGGCACCCGAGACCCCCAGUGCCGUAGAGCCGAACCAAGAGAUGGAUGUCGAUGACACGAUGGACAAGCGGCGCGGGUCAGUUCCUGAUAUUGGCCUGGAUUCCCCCUCUCGGGUACGGCCGCCUGUGUCCCGCAGCCGUGCAGGAACCUUGCCAUGGCAGCAACGCCCGUCCUCGCGGGAUGCCGGCAGCAUGUCACCCGGCUCAACAUCACCAACUCGCUCCCCAACUCGCACAAGCCACUUGAGAAACCUGUCGACGGCAUCGGACGAUAAUACACUGUCUCGACUCCAAUUUGGUUUUCCUCGGCCAUCGAAGGAUACCCCUGUCUUCCCUCCAUCACCGGACCGCGGGGUCGGAUCACCAGCGGAUAGGGGGAAGGAGGAAGAGACGGAUAAACAAACAAACUUGGAAGUGGAGCAUCAAGAGCCGGACGUGAGCCAAGAAUCAAGUGCCGAGCUGGAUAAGCUGGAGACAGUAGAAGAAGGAUCAUCAUCGCCUCCGACAACCGGUUCUCGUGAUAGCAACAUCAGCCAUCGCUUCUCUGUAUCGUCGGUUUCGGCGGCUGGGUUGGGAUCGCCAGUGCAUCUGUCAGAAGCUCCAAAGCUUGAGCCUCGACAGAAUGAUUCCUCAUUUGAAGAAUUGAUACCGGCGUCUCCAAGCCAGAGACGGCUAUCACCAGAGCGACCUCGGUCGACAUCACCCACCAAGGGAUUGGGAGGGUUUGUUCAGAGUGCGAUGAUGAGAAGAUCAGAUAGUGUGUCAAAGAGAUGGAGUGGGCAAGUUAGCCAAGGGCUCAGUCGGUCCAAUUCCAUUGUGUCAAAUCGCAGCAGUGUCGGCCCUGGUUUGAGUGAAAUGACCCCUCCAACUCUUUCUAGAAUUGGGCGAGAACCUUCAACCCUACUUCAACGACCAGGCUCCAGCCACAGUGACGCACCAUCAGAAACAACUGAGCGACCAGUUACACCUUCUACAUGCGCAGAUCGAGAUAGUGUGCGGCUUGAAGGUAGCCCAGGCAAAUCAUUCCGCCCUGCUCACUCCCGAUCUGCCAGUUCAACCACAGCAGACGGUACCGACGGCCAAACAAGUCCAUUCGUUUCGAAAACCAUGGAUUCCAGGCGUUGGAGUCCUAGUAAAGCCUCUUGGCUAGAGAGUGCUCUCAAUCGGCCAGAGAUGCCACGCCAAACCACCAGACCCCCGCCGCAGCCAAGUUGGGUCAAAGAGCGACAAUCACGGGGUAGCGUUGACAUGGGACGAGUCAACAGUUUCAAGGAAGUCACCCCUCUUGGUCUGAUGCGAACGCCCCCGCCUGGUACACAACUCAAAACAUCUGCUAUCUCUGGUCCUUCACUUCCUACAAGUCCUACCAAGGAUGGCGGACUUGAGUCUCCAUUGGAGUUCCCCUUCAAGAAACUCGGUCUCCCUGGUCCAUCCCUUCCUGCAAGCCCUACGAAGGAUAUUGUUCUUGAAUCUCCGUUGGAAUUCCGCUCGAAGAGACCCGGUCUCUCUGGCCCAUCCCUUCCUGCAAGCCCCACGAAGGAUAUUGUUCCUGAGUCUCCGCUGGAAUUCCCCUUCAAGAAGCCUGGUGUGCCUGGUCCAUCGCUUCCUACAAGCCCCAUGAAGGAUAGUGUUCCUGAGUCUCCGCUAGAAUUCCCCUUCAAGAAGCCUGAUGUGUCUGGUUCAUCGCUACCUACAAGCCCCAUUAAAGAUGCCAUUCCCGAGUCUCCCUCGGAAUUCUCGCUCAAGCGGUCUAGCCUUAAGGGCCCAUCAAUUCCCACAAGCCCUGCCAAGGAAGUUGCUCCUGAAUCUCCGUCAGCACUCGCCUUCGAGAAAUCCAGUAUCUCUGGAGAUUCGACUACCGCAGACCUCGAAGACAAGUCCCAAGAGAUUGUCCCUGAAUCUCCUUCGGGAUUCCCCUUCAAAAAGCCCAGCAUCUCUGGCUCAUCAAUCCACCGAAGCUCGAUCACAGAGUCUCCGGCAGAAUUCCCAUUCAAGAAGUCCAGCGUCUCCGGCUCAUCAAUCCACCGAAACUCGGUCACAGAGACUCCGGCGGAAUUCCCAUUCAAGAAGUCCAGCGUCUCCGGCUCAUCGCUGCACCGAAACUCGGUCACAGAGACCCCGGCGGAAUUCCCAUUCAAGAAGUCCAGCGUCUCCGGCUCAUCGCUGUACCGAAACUCGGUCACAGAGACCCCGGCGGAAUUCCCAUUCAAGAAGUCCAGCGUCUCCGGCUCAUCGCUGCACCGAAACUCGGUCACAGAGACCCCGGCGGAAUUCCCAUUCAAGAAGUCCAGCGUCUCCGGCUCAUCGCUGCACCGAAACUCGGUCACAGAGACCCCGGCGGAAUUCCCAUUCAAGAAGUCCAGUGUCUCCGGCUCAUCGCUGCACCGAAGCUCGGUUACAGAGACCCCGGCGGAAUUCCCAUUCAAGAAGUCCAGUGUCUCCGGCUCAUCGCUCCACCGAAGCUCUGUCGCCGAGGCCCCGGCGGAAUUCCCAUUCAAGAAGUCCAGCGUCUCUGGAUCUUCACUUGCCGAAAGUCCCCGAGGCAGGCCUGGCAGCUCUGGUUCCUCACUCCACAGGAGCUCCAUUUCGGAGUCCCCAGCGGAAUUUCCACUUAAGAGGCCCAGCAUUUCGGGUCCAUCAAUCACAGAAAUGUCAGAAAUCCAACCAGAGGAGAUAGUCCCAGAAUCACCCUCCGUUCUUGACAGUCCUGUUCUUGAAGAAAUCAACAAGGAAAUCCCAGGUCCUCCCUCAGGUGUCCAAGAAGCUCUAGACACGCUAUCAAGCGCUACACCGGUGGAAGAAAUCAAGCCUACCUCUCCCCUUGCAGUUGAGACUGAACUACAGGAACAACAGCCAUCUACAGAGCCUGAAGACACCAUCGAAUCUCAUUGUACUCCUAUUCGCAGGGCACCUCCCGAUUCGUUGAGCCCCAAACCAAACUUCUCCAUAUCUACCUCCACGCGAGGGCCUAUUUCCCCCAAGGCGAAGACACCACAGUCUCCUGUGGUUGAUUUCAGAGCAAACCUACGGAAACGUGAAGUUGUCAAGGACUCCGGAAAUGAAAAGGAACCAGAAUUCAAAAAUGUCUUUGGGCGCCUCAAGAAGACCGAACCUCGCCACUAUGUCGCCCCUGACGAGCUCAAGGGUAACAUCCUCCGCGGCAAAGCUGCUUUGAACAACACCGGCGGCCCAAAGAAACCCGAGCGAGUCGAUGAAUUCAGAAAGAGCCUUGUUCUACGGAAAGAUGAAAUGAAGGCCGGCGGAGGUUCUAUCAGACGAAAUACCGCCGGUGAGAACGAUGCGCCAAAAUCCGCGGAUAUUGUUCCCGAGGCAAUUGCGAUGCGCCAAAAUAUGACACGGGCAAAUAGCAUCAAGCAGGAUCUUGGGGAAGAGCCGAUCUCCCCUGCUAAAAGUUUUAGUUCUCGAGCUUCGCAGGACAGGCCACCAUUCUCACCCCCGAGUUCAUCUUUCAAAGACAUUGGUUCAUCGCCAACUUCUCAAAAGCAGCCCUUGUCACCCUUGUCGCCCUUUCGCACCAAUGAUGAGCCAGGUUGGCCCUUGAGAGAUCCUGUCUCCUCGCGAGCAUCUCAGGAAACACAACCAUUGUCACCGCCCCCUGUAGAAGAUCCCGUCGAUGAAAAGCUAAAGGAGACAAACCCAUCGACAAACGACUUCCAGGAGCCCUCUUUCCCUCAGGUGGAUUUUUUUGUGCGCCAAGAGGAGACCCGCUCUCCCGUGGAAGCAAUUGAGCCCUGCAUAGCAGAGGCGCCGGCGCCUGCAGUCAAGCCAAUUCGCCCAGUUCGUGCCUGGCCACCUGCGGCUGCCGCAGAGGCUACUGUAACUCCAGGUCCGGCAGCUAAAGGCAAAUUGGCCAGUCGAAUCAACCCUGCUCUUCUUGGUCUGCUUUCCCGUGGCCCGCCUGCCCCUGAAGGUCCGAAGAAGCAGAUGCCGACCGCAGUCUCAACGCAAAGCGAUUCUACGUCGCCCUCUGCGCCUCUCACGCACAUCACGAAGGGUCGUGCCAGAGGCCCCAAGAGACGACUUCCCCAGACGACUGACGUCUUGAGCCCGUCCUCUCAGGACGAUAUUAAGGAGGUUGGUGCUAUUUCACACUCUGAAGCCACCCCAUCACACACUCCAGCCCCUGUUGAUUCCUCGGAUCUCGAUCCGGAUCGCAUCUCGCAACUUGAUGAAAACUCAGUUCCUGACACCGAAGAACCCCGUCCAGACAGCCCCAUCAUCGAUCUAUCCACGGAAGUAAAGAUUGCUUCCCAGGAUACUCUCCAGCGCGAUACUCUCGAACAUGAUACUCUCGAACAUGAUACUCUCGAACCUGAUACUCUCGAACACGAUUCUCUCGAGCGUGAACCUCUCGAGCGUGAUACUGUUGAGCGUGAACCUCUCGAGCGUGAUACUGUUGAGCGUGAUACUGUUGAGCGUGAUACUGUUGAGCGUGAUACUGUUGAGCAUGAUACACUUGAGCGCGAUACUGCUGAGCGUGAUAUACUCGAACGUGAUACCCCCGAACGCGAUACGAUUGAGCGUGAUACUGUUGAGCGUGUUACUGUUGAGCGUGAUACUGUUGAGCAUGAUACACUUGAGCGCGAUACUGCUGAGCGUGAUACACUCGAACGUGAUACCCCCGAACGCGAUACGAUUGAGCGUGAUACUCUCGACCACGAUUCUCUCGUGCGUGAUACGCUCGAGCGCGAUACUCUCGAACGUGAUACUCUUGAGCGUGAUACUGUUGAGCGCGAUACACUUGAACGCGAUACUACUGAGCGUUAUACACCCGAACGCGAUACACCCGAACGCGAUACGAUUGAGCGUGAUACUCCCGAACGCGAUACACUUGAACGCGAUACGCUCGAGCGUGAUACUCUCGAGCAUGAACCUCUUGAGCGUGAUACACUCGAACGUGAUACUCCCGAACGCGAUACGCUUGAGCGUGAUACACUUGAGCGCGAUACUCUUGAGCGCGAUACUGCUGAGCGUGAUACACUCGAACGUGAUACUCCCAAACACGAUACGCUCGAGCGUGAACCUCUUGAGCGUGAUACUCCCGAACGCGAUACGCUUGAGCAUGAUACUCUCGAACGCGAUACUCUCGAACACGAUACUCUCGAGCAUGAACCUCUUGAGCGUGAUACACUCGAACGUGAUACUCCCGAACGCGAUACGCUUGAGCAUGAUACGCUCGAGCGCGAUACUCUCGAACGUGAUACUCUUGAGCGUGAUACUCUCAAGCAUGAUACUCUCAAGCAUGAUACUCUCGAACGCGACACUUCCCCACAUGAAAUCCCGCAAACACCCCAGACCGGUUCCCAAACGACGGAAUCCAGCAUUUCCCCCUCUCCCAGUCGUAAGGAGACUCCGAGGGUUCCCGAGAGUCCUAAAGAGAUGUAUACAUCAAACGGGCCACCUGUCCCACCGAAGUCCGAACAUCCCACGCUCACAUCGCCUGCACUGUCAAAGCCAACAUGGGGCCUGCAAAACCGGUUUGCGUCGUCGCUAUCCUCUCUGCGAGCCAGUCACAAAGUGAAUCAGAUGGAAUCUAUCAGCCAACCGAAGAGCAAUUCCGUAACCAUCGAAUCCGCACGGAGCUCUGUCGCACGGCCCUUGAGCCGUCCCUCACCACCGGUGCCUCCCAAGGAUACCGAUGAGAGGCUCGAAAAGCCAAUCGACCCACGCCGACUCUCAAGAAAGAUGUCUGCUCCAUCACUAGUUGCGCAAGCCAGCGAGGCACACGAGGUCAUUGCAGGCUUCUUCAAGACCUUCCCCAACCCCCGAAACCGAAUGGACAUUGACCCGCAGCUAAUGCUGAUGCGUAAACCGGAUGAUGUGAAAAUCAGAACCAUGAGACGACAAAUCUGGGAGCUCACAGGCGAUGGCAGGCGCCAGGAACUUCCUUCUCACCAGGAGUACAUAUUAUACCAAGGCAGCAUGUACAUUUGCGUCCACACAUUCGAAAUCGGACGAAGCACCACUUCCGACGUAUACCUCUGGCGUGGAGAUGACGUCCCUGAGUCCUCGGUGGAUGAUGAACAACCAUUUGCUCGCAAAGUAGCUCGUGAGAAUAGCGCCAAGUUGCAGAUCAUCCGACAAGGCAAGGAGCCCACGCGGUUCAUCCAAGCGCUUGGUGGCAUUAUGAUCACCCGUCGGGGAUCCAGCUCCCGUCACAAUUCAUCGGCUCUCUACAUGCUUUGCGGCCGGAAACACUUGGGCGAGAUGACUUUCGACGAGGUGGAUUACUCCCUACGCAAUCUCUGCUCCGGCUUCCCUUACGUUGUCUCUGCUCCGUUUGGCAAGCUCUAUCUCUGGAAGGGCAAGGGCAGUGGCCCCGAAGAGACUGGUGCAGCCCGACUUAUCGGUAUGGACCUGGGUCUGACCGGUGAGUUUGAAGAAGUCACUGAGGGCGAGGAACCCGAGGAUUUCUUUGAUGUCUUCGCUGGUCCCAGGGAACCUGCACCGCACAUGUGCCAGGAUCACUGGCAGCUCAAGCCAAAGUACAACCAGUUCCGCAUGCGACUUCUUCGCGUCGAUCAUGAAUUGAACCAGCCAACCCGCUUCUGGAACAUCCGCCGUCCGGGCUCCGGUUCCCCAGUGGUCAAGGCCAACGACUGCGUUCAGGAAAUCGAGCCUUUCUGCUACCGCGACAUCACCGAGAAAGACAUUUACGUUCUGGACACCUUCUUUGAAAUUUACGUCAUCAUUGGUGAGCAAGCAUCACACAAGGCUGCCGACUUUGCCUCGGCAGUGGUCUUUGCGCACGAAUACGGCAUCUUGGCUACCUCCCUCCAGGACCGACCCUUCAUUCCCCGGAGUUUCGUGGCACUCGGUGGCGUCGCCGACCGCUGCCAGAGUGCAUUCCGUAAAUGGGACCAACGGACUCAGCACGCACCUUUCGUGUUCCCUCUGGACGCCGUCAUUGAAGCGAUUCGAUCGCGCGAUGAGAGGGCGUGA